CCUAGUGGAGACAGUCCCACAUUACACAAAAACACAAGAGGUGUUCCAAACGGAAGAUGUGGCGCGAGACAUAGCUAGCUAAUAUUGUGUGUACAUACAAACUUUUUAAGUAAAAAACGAAUCUAAACUAGUUCCAUCCACAGCAGUUAUUAUACGUAGUUCCUCAAGGCAAAAAUGCCCCGUAGAAGACAGAGAGUGCAUGUGGGGAGCGGCUCUGAUGGGACUGAAGAUUCAGACUCUUCUGCUGAGCGGGAACAGACGAACAGCUCGGAGAGUGAUGGAAACAUACCCAAGAGAACACGCCUCACAAGAGCAUCUCUGCGCCUCAGCCAAAGCUCACAAGACACACCAGAUGUGAAGCAAGACGAGUCUCCACCGCUGACGCCUACAGGCAACGCCCCGUCGUCUGAGUCUGAGCUGGACAUCUCCAGCCCCAAUGCCUCCCACGAUGAGAGCCUGGCCAAAGACCCUGCCCUCAGAGACUCCGACAAGGACCUCUCCCACCGGCCCAAGCGCCGUCGCUGCCACGAGACCUACAAUUUUAACAUGAAGUGUCCCACGCCGGGAUGCAACUCAUUGGGACAUCUAACAGGGAAACAUGAACGGCAUUUUGCGGUAUCAGGAUGCCCACUUUACCACAACCUCUCUGCUGAUGAAUGCAAGGUGAAAGCAACCACUCGUGAGAAACACGAAGAAGAGGCAAAGGUGCAGGAGGAAAGCAACAGACACGCCACACGACACCAGACGCCCACUUCAAGACAGACGAGAUACAAAGAGCAGGUGACGGAGAUGAGGAAAGGGAGGAACUCUGGCUUGUCUAAGGAGCAGAAGGAGAAAUACAUGGAGCAUCGACAGAGCCACGGCAACACCAGAGAACCUCUUCUGGAGAACAUCACAAGUGAAUAUGACCUGGAGCUCUUCAGAAAAGCCCAGGCACGUGCAUCUGAAGAUCUGAAAACGCCACAGGAGAGGCUCCGGAUCCAGGGACAGAUCACGGAGGGCAGCAACAUGAUCAAGACCAUCCUGUUCGGCCGCUACGAGCUGGACACCUGGUACCACUCGCCCUACCCUGAGGAGUACGCCCGCCUGGGACGCCUCUACGUCUGCGAGUUCUGCCUCAAGUACAUGAAGAGCCAGACCAUUUUGAGACGACACAUGGCCAAGUGUGUGUGGAAGCAUCCACCCGGAGAUGAGGUCUACAGGAAGGGAGCCAUCUCUGUCUUUGAAGUGGACGGCAAGAAGAACAAAAUCUACUGCCAGAACCUGUGUCUACUCGCCAAGCUCUUCCUGGAUCACAAGACGCUGUACUACGACGUGGAACCCUUUCUGUUCUACGUUAUGACCGAGGCAGACAACACAGGCUGCCAUCUUGUGGGAUACUUCUCUAAGGAAAAGAACUCUUUCCUCAACUACAACGUCUCUUGCAUCCUGACCAUGCCCCAGUACAUGAGACAGGGCUAUGGGAAGAUGCUGAUUGACUUCAGUUACCUGCUGUCCAAGGUGGAGGAGAAGGUGGGCUCCCCAGAGCGGCCCCUCUCGGACCUGGGCCUCAUCAGCUACCGCAGCUACUGGAAGGAGGUGCUGCUACGCUACAUGUACAACUUCCAGGGCAAGGAAAUCUCCAUCAAAGAGAUCAGCCAGGAGACAGCCGUGAACCCGGUGGACAUUGUCAGCACCCUGCAGUCCCUGCAGAUGCUCAAGUACUGGAAGGGAAAGCACCUGGUCUUGAAGAGACAGGAUCUGAUCGACGAGUGGAAAUCCAAGGAGACCAAAAGAGGCAGCAACAACAAAACCAUUGACCCCAGUUCGUUAAAAUGGACCCCGCCCAAAGGGACAUAGGCUAAAGGCUCACAAGUGAGCCACCUAAUAAACUCUUCUUUCUUCUACCACCUCCUGCCAGGAUAGGAGUCCUAUCAACUAUCAAUACCACAGUGUUCUUUCUUCUAUCCCUCCAUCCACCCUGUAUAGCUUCCCUUUACUAGGUUUUUCUUGUCUGGAGGAACUCUCGUCCCCUGUUUUACAUUUCGACUCGUAUUUAUAUUGUAGAAAUUUGUCGCCAUGUCACCAUUCAAUCAAUUCUUGGCUUAAAUAUUGUUAAACAAUGAAAGUCUGAGAAUUUGAGUUGAUGACUUUUGUUUUAAACGAUCCACCUAAAUCAAGAUAAGCUACGAAUGUUUUUAC